AAAACAGCAAGGCACAGCUCUUGAACAGAGUCCCUGCAUUGGCCUUGUCCUGCAACUGAUAUGCUCCACAGACAUGUUAUUGCACUUAAGAAUGAACAUUGAAGACAAGCUGGGAGGAUUAUUUCUUAAAUGUGGUGGCAUAGACCAGAUGCAGUCAUCCAGGGCUAUGGUAGGGAUGGGUGCAGUAUCUGACCAGUCCGGAGUGUCGGGAGAACGGCAAGAGGCAGUGCUUCAAGAUCGGACUAUGGCGCACCAGGAAAUUCUUGCACCAGACGAAGUGUUACAGGAAAGUGAACUUCGACAGCAAGAGAUGAUUUCACAUGAUGAACUCAUGGUCCAUGAGGAGACGGUAAAAAAUGAUGAUGACAUGGAUACGCAAGAUAGACUUCCUCAAGGGCUGCAGUAUGCUGUUAACGUCCCUAUCAGUGUAAAGCAAGAAAUUACCUUUACUGAUGCAUCUGAACAACAGAAACGAGACAAAAAACAAAUACGAGAGCCAGUAGAUUUGCAGAAAAAGAAGAAAAGAAAACAGCGUUCACCAGCAAAAAUCCUUACAAUAAAUGAGGAUGGAUCACUUGGUCUGAAAACCCACAAAUCUCAUGUUUGUGAGCAUUGCAAUGCUGCCUUUAGAACCAACUACCAUUUACAGAGACAUGUCUUCAUUCAUACAGGUGAAAAACCAUUUCAGUGCAGUCAGUGCGACAUGCGUUUCAUACAGAAGUACCUGCUACAGAGGCAUGAGAAGAUUCAUACUGGUGAGAAGCCAUUUCGUUGCGAUGAAUGUGGUAUGAGGUUUAUUCAGAAGUAUCACAUGGAAAGGCACAAAAGAACUCACAGUGGAGAGAAGCCUUACCAGUGCGAGUAUUGUUUGCAGUAUUUCUCCAGGACUGAUCGUGUGCUGAAACAUAAACGUAUGUGCCAUGAGAACCGUGACAAGAAACCGAACAGAAGUGCCACCAAAGUUGGCUUUUUGCCAUCGGAGGAAGAUUCUGGUUUCUCUACGCCUAUGAAAGACAGCUCCUUGCCAAAGAAGAAAAGGCAGAAAACAGAGAAAACAAAAUCUGGAGAUAAGGACAGUACGGAUAAAUCAGAACAGAAGAAGGACAAAAAUGACUAUUUGCCUUUGUAUUCUGCUAGUACGAAAGUAAAAGAUGAAUAUAUGGUAGCAGAAUAUGCUGUCGAGAUGCCACACUCUUCUGUCAGUGGGUCGCACUUAGAAGAAGCAAAUUCUGGAGAAAUACACCCUCCUAAGCUCGUUCUCAAGAAAGUUAACAGUAAGAGGAGUCUUAAACAGCCACUUGAGCAAAGUCAAAGCAUUUCACCUUUAUCUACGUAUGAAGACAGCAAGGUUUCAAAGUAUACCUUUGAUCUUGUGGAUAAACAAAGUUUACUGGACUCUGAAGGUAAUGCUGACAUUGAUCAAGUCGACACAUUACAAGAAGGGCCCAGUAAACCUGUACACAGCAGCACUAAUUAUGAUGAUGCAAUGCAGUUUUUAAAGAAAAAGAGGUAUCUACAAGCAGCUAGUAACAACAGUAGAGAAUAUGCCUUGAAUGUAAGUACCAUAGCAUCUCAGCCUUCUGUAACACAGGCAGCUGUGGCAAGCGUCAUUGAUGAAACUGCUACAGCUUCAAUAUUAGACACACAGGCACUGAAUGUUGAAAUUAAAGGCAGCCAUGACAAAAAUGUCAUUCCAGAUGAGGUACUGCAAACUCUGUUAGAUCAUUAUUCACACAAGGCUAACGGACAGCAUGAGAUCUCCUUCAGUGUGGCUGACACUGAGGUGACCUCCAGUAUAUCAAUCAAUUCUUCUGAAGUAUCUGAGGUCACCCAAUCUGAGACCGUUGGAACAAGCUCUCAAGCUUCCUCAUCAGAUAAAGCUAGUAUGUUACAGGAAUACUCAAAGUUUUUACAACAAGCUUUGGACAGAACUAGCCAAAAUGAUGCCUAUUUGAACAACCCAAGCCUUAAUUUUGUGACUGAUAACCAGACUCUUACAACCCAGCCAGCAUUUCCUUCCAUAGAGAAGCAGGUCUACACAUCUAUACCCGUCAACAGCUUUCGCUCGGGAAUGAACUCUCCAUUAAGAACAACUCCAGACAAGUCUCAUUUUGGACUAAUGGUUGGUGAUUCGCAGCACCCUUUUCCAUUUUCAGGUGACGAGGCAAAUCAUUCUUCCUCCUCCUCUACACAGGACUUCUUGGAACAAGUAACUUCUCAGAAGAAAGCAGAGGCACAGCCUGUUCAUCAAGCAUAUCAAAUUAGCUCCUUUGAGCAGCCCUUCAGAGCUCAGUACCAUGGGGCAAGAGCUGGAAUAUCAUCUCAAUUUAGCACUGCCAAUGGACAGGUGAACCUUCGGGGACCAGGGACAAGUGCUGACUUCCCAGAAUUUCCCUUGGUGAAUGUAAAUGAUAGCAGAGCUGGGAUGACUUCUUCACCUGAUGCCACAACAGGCCAGACUUUUGGCUAAGAAAUCUUUGUAAAUAAUACUGGCACUUUAGAACACAUUUGUCAAAAGGGGGUUGCUCUGUAUAAGAUGGAGUUCUGUACAGCUUUUAAGAGCGCUAUGUUAAAACAAAAGUAAGCUGAUAUUAGCAAGACCAAUAACUGCUUUUAUUUUUUAUUUUCUUUUUCCUGGUUAGUAACCAGUAAUUGAUCUGCCUCACGUCGUUGCCCUUAUCAAAGGCAGAUUAUUAUUCACUUGUUUGAAUCCAGUAAUUAUUUUAACUUCUAUAAAAUUUAAAAUAAACAGAAUCCCCAGGUAAGACUUUUCCCCCAUGAUUGCUUCCUUACUGGUUUCCUCGUGUGCUUUGGGAAGACAGUUUAUUGUCUGCUACUAUUCAUAUUGUCAUUUUCAGGCUUGUCAGUGUAGUCAUUGCUCUUCGUCAGGGAACCAACAUGUACUAAACACACAGAAUAAACUACAAGUAUAAAAGUCAAGCAGAUAUGGCUUUAAAAGAUGGCAUUUUCUGGAAAAAUAAUCUCUCUUCCAUCUCUCUCAAAAAAUAAUUUUAGAUCAUAUACCCCUUGUUUCUGCUUUCCAUUACCUUGAGUUGUGUUUGGAGGAAAAAAUGAAUUCUGGUAGACUAACUCUACUAUUUAAAAGUCGAAUUGAUUUAAAAUUCUUUAAACAGUUUUUUAAGCAAAUACAUAACUGCUAAUGCAUUUACUUCGUUCCUGAAGUAAUGUGUAUUUCUUUGUACAGCUGAAUCUAGAUGUAACUUUUUAAUGACUUUUUUCAUAUGCAGAUAUCAAGAUUUUGAAGUUUUAGUUAAAAUAUUCUGUAGAUAACAUUCCCAAUUACAUAAUGCUUACACAAACUGUGUAUUCCAAGAUUUAAAAGCUUAACUGUACCUUACCCUACAUACUCAUGAUUAACAUAGAGCACUUAGUCUAUUUGAUUGAUUUGAUUUCUCAAAAAAAGAAUUUAGAUUUUUAGGUUUGAUAUGGUUGCAUCAUUUUCAUCUCAUACAGCUCCAAUUACAGCUUCCAGUAUACAGUGAGAUUGGGUAUCCUGAGCUUCUGUCUUAAUUCUCUGUCUAGAAUUAUGACAGUUCGGCUCAUUAAAUUAAUCAAAAUAUCCCCAUAAGCUGAAGAAGUGGGCAUUCAAAUUUCAUGCAUCUUCUUAAUGUUUGAUUAGAGAAGGUCAUUACAAUUUACCAACCCCAACUGUUGAGUAAUGCUAGUGAACAGGAUUUCUUUCUCAAUACAAAUGAGUGAUCAGAAGUUUUCAUUGCAUUUCACAAUAUAAAUAAACUAUAAAGUUUAUCCCUGUACCACAAAUAUGGUUUUUUGAAUAGUACUUUGUCUUGAAGUAUGCAGUAUGGUACGAUAAGUAGUUCUGUGUGCAUUUUUAAGGUGGUAAGAUUUGAGUAGCAUAACUAUUGUGUAGUUUAAGUUAACAAUUUACAGAUUUUUGAACUGUAUGUUCAUAAUAUUGCACCUUCCCUAAAGGGACACUGUCUGGUAGUUUAAGGCAGUUUAAGCCUAAUGUAGGCUGAUUAACCAGGGAAAAACAUGCACACGCAGACACGUGUGUGUGUGUGAAUAUAUAUAUAUAUAUAUAUGUAUGUAUAUAUAUAUGUAUUGUUUUUUUAUAGGAUUGCAAACAUUCUUUUACAGCACUAUUGCUAGCUGGUAUUUCUCAGAUGAAGCCAUCAGGUAGGAGAAAAUACUGCAUCUCAAGGAGCUAUAAAAUAUAUCUUGCUUUUGAAGGGACUUGAGCAGGGCACAAAAUAGUCCCCACCUCUUCUGAAAGCAGUAGCAAUAUUUUUCUUUUUUUCUUUUUGAUAGGAAGCUGAUUUUACAGUCUUUUUUUUUUUU